ACAGACUAAAGAUAGAUAGAUAUAGAUCCCAUACGCCUUGGACUAUGGCUUGGCUAUGGUUUAGCUCGAUUCACAGUUCGUUAGGAUACACGGCUGGUAUUUCCGGUCGAUUGAUCACUUUCACCCUAACCCUAAUCCGCCCUUAUUCUCUCAUCUGUACAACAACAUCCCCCAUCAUGCCCUCGUCACUCUCUGACGCAACAGUACAAAACAAUAAGCUGAGAAAAACAACCGUUGGUAGCGCAUCCAUCAACACGAAUAAACUCUUCAGACGCUGCAAGGAACGCGGGCGCACACCGUAGAACCAGCCCUCCCAGAGCGGUCGCUGUUACCACCGCCAUAGGAUGAACACAUUAAUCUGUAAUCAACCUGAUAUUGUAUCGGAAAAGCAAAAUAGUCAAGCAAGAGACGAACAAAGGCAAAUCGCAGGACGCCCAUAAAAAAAGCAAUCUGGUAUCAGCAUGCACACCCUUCCUUGGCCGUCGCCGCGCCGCGCUCU